ACCCAAUGACACAGGGCACAGCCUAGGGAAGCAGGGGCAUGACAGAGCUAGAGGUGGAGAAGCCCCUCCUAGUUGUUUGUAGGGGAUUGGGUAGCUAAAGGAGCGGGCAAAAGUGACGUAGGGCAGGAUAAAAGGGGGGGGACUGAGGUUGCCGCCCCCCACUCCAUUUUGUAGCAGCAAAGGAAAACUCUGCUUACCAUGGAGGUGAACCAGGAGCUGGCUGAUCUGGUCAGGAGAUUCCGAGACGCAGCUUCUCAGCAGGAUCCAGGAUGGCUACAGCAGCAGCUGCAGGAUCUUCUGGGGAGAGGUGAACCCGCACGACCAGCCACCCGCCCAACCCGUCGAACAAGACCCCCAGCACGGCUAAGCCCCCAGGGCACUGGAGGAUUGCGGAGUCGAGCCAGGAGGAUCAGUGCAAGCCCAAGCAGGGGAGGACUGACGCUCCGAUCCACGGUACCUGCUGCCAAGAGGAAGCCGACGGCAGCUAACACGCGUCGCAGGGGCCCAGGAAGCAGGCAAGUAACUGAGCCGGCAGAUCACGUGACGCAGGCAGCAGUGAGAGGAAGGAGGGGUAGAAAGCCUGCUCCUCCGGCAGCAGCGUCUGCAUUAGUUACGGCAGACAGGCAAAGGGCUGUCUCCCCCUCCUCUCCUCCAGCAACAAGUUCAGGCCCAUCCAUCAGGCGUGUAUGCGCCCUCUCACCGCACGCAGCUUCUGCGGUGGAGGGAGGGGGGAGGGGGAAGGAGCCCGCUCCGCACACAGCAGCAGCAAGGGAAGAUCAGAGAGUAGGGCUCUCCUCCUCCCCUCAUUCAUUAACCAUCACGGGCACAGGAAUUGUAGAGGGAUGGGACAGCCCCCAACACACGGCAGGGGGGAGGAGGGGGGAGAAGCACACUCCAAAAACGGCUGCAGCAACAGCAUUAAGGGAUGAGCAGCAUGGAGAGCUUUCCCCCUCCCCUCUUCCAGGAGCAGCCACAGCUGAUAUAGACAGCAGCCCCAGAGCAUCAGUUCUCAUGGACAUAGAACGGGGGGAGCAGUCCAUUCCAUGUUCCCCCACACAUUCUAACCCCUCCCAGGCCUGUUCCACUCCCAGCCCUAGCACAUCAGCAAGGCGUCGGCUAAGCCCUGUUCGGCCAAGGACUUCACCACCAGUCAGGAAAAAUGAUUUUACCAGGCCAGGGAGGCCGGCAUCCAUGUCAACGGCUGGCCAGGCACAGGGUGGCAGAGUAAUCACAGCUCAGAUACACCACCGGGAGUCAGGAGAACGUAGGGUGGGCACGCCAACAGGGAGGCGAGGUUGGCGUCAGGACCCAACUUCCGCACGUAGAAGCACUGUAAGGGUGUCCAGACAAGGCAGGGAUCCCAUCACCCCACAAGGGAAAGGUCACCGGCUCCCCGUAAUAGAAGCCGUUCAAGAAGCAGGGAUAAUAGCAGGAGAGUACGGCGGGAGCAUAGCCAUAGCUCUGUCAGGAGCAGCAGGAGGGACGUCACGGCUCAAGCAUGCUCGCAGGCAGCUCGAGUCAGUAGGUGGGAACGCAGUAGUAGGUCUCCCUCUAGGAGUUACUCGCACAGGGAGGGGCACUCUUGCUGUCAUUUUUCUUGCAGGAACAGCCCAAGAAUGUCUGAAAGGGAAGCAUCGCGAGCAAGGAGCGUAACGUCCAAGGAUGGGACACGGAGGAGGCGGUCCACCAGCCAUGACAGAGUUCAACCAGACACGGUUCAAAAGCAACAUCCCCCCAGGAGCAACAGGAUGUCGAGCAGCUUGACGGCCCAGGGCGCAGCCACGGCCAGUGGGCCUGGAGUGGGAGCGUUUUCGGGAGGCAGCGCCGGAAGCAGCACCGCGGCCAUGCCAAUUUCCUCAGCAGCUUUGGCAGCUGGCGAGCGUAGACUGCUGGAGCUUGUAAAGGUUUCCUUAGCCAAGGCAACAUGGACUGCUUAUGGUAAGGCGUGGGAGGAAUGGAAUCAACUGACUGGCUGGGCUGGCGGUUUUACUACCAGGGAGGAUAGGCGCGCUGGUCUCAUUUGGUAUGUGGUCUGGCUCACAGAGCAGGGUAAGUCAGCAGCUUUUAUUGAUAAGCGCAUGGCAGGACUGGCGUUCCAGUUCAAACUGCGAGGCGAGGAGGACCUGACAAAAGAGUUCAUCAUCAGGCAAGCGCUAAAAGGGGUUAGAAAAAGUAGACACUCCAAAGAUACACGACGGCCCAUAUCAUUUCAACUGCUGACACGGCUCCAGGGAGUCUUGGAUCAAUGCUGUUAUUCAGGUUAUGAGGUGCAAUUGUUUAGGGCAGCUUUUGCACUGGCAUUCUUCGGAGCCUUCAGGGUAGGCGAGUUGGUCAGUAAAAGCAAAACCUCACAAGGUGGCUUGUUGCUCCAGGAUGUCAAAGUGUUUCAAGAUAAAAUCACAAUCCGUUUGAGGCAGUCCAAAACGGAUUCAUUGGGAAAAGGGAAGGAUAUUGUGUUGUUCAAAGUUGAUGGUGGGGCAACCUGCCCAGUUGGCUGUGUCAGUCGUUUUUUACAUUUGCGAGGAGUGUGUGGCAAAGUUUUUCUGCAGCAUGAGGAUGGGAUGCCAUUGACCCGUUUUCAGUUUAAUAACAUCUUAAAAAAAUCUUUGGACAGUGUUGGAGUUAACCCAAAAGAGUUUGGGACACAUUCAUUUCGCAUAGGGGCAGCGACUGAAGCAGCCGGUCUCGGUUUAGGAGAGCGGAUGGUCAUGAAAAUUGGGAGAUGGGAGUCCAAACGUUUCCUCAGCUAUAUACGGCCAGGCUUGCUGGUCUAGGAGGCUCUACAUGGUUUUACACAGAGCAAGUCGAAUCAAGACACUAUAUAAAAAAAAAAAAAAAAAAAAACAUUUGUUGGGUUUUCUGUUCAUGUCACUCAUGGUUAUUUUGUUGUGUUUUCAGGUGGCAAAAACAUGGUAUGGUUGUUGGGACAUUCGUUCAUCAGUCGGGCCAGAAGGAGAGCCGCAGUUCUCCAAGGGACCGCAUUGCAGCUGGGCUUUCCGGAGGACCGCAUAUCAGUCAAAUGGUUUGGUUUUCCUGGUCUAAGAUGGUCAGGAGUAUGGCCUACCCUAGUCAGGUUGGCCAAGGUGGAACAGCGUCCGGAUAUACUGGUAAUACACGUUGGGGGGAAUGACCUGGGCUUGGUUGCACAAAGGGAUCUAGUCAUCAUGAUGAAGCAGGAUGUUGAUAGAAUUCGGUCACUGUUCCCCGGCAUAAUAUUAGUGUGGUCAGAGAUAACCCCCCGGUUGGUAUGGAGGUUUGCACGGGACAUACCAGCCAUAGACAGGAGCAGGGGGAAGGUGAAUAAAUUACUCUCAAUCUUUAUACGUAAGUCGGGUGGCAUAGUUGUCAGACAUAGGGAUCUAGAAAACAAAACAAAGAGUUGCUUUUCCACAGAUGGGGUACACCUCUCCGAUAUUGGUAUGGCUCUCUUUACUUUGGCCAUCGCAGAAGGGAUUGAAAGGGCCCUGGAGUUUUGUUUGGCGGUGCGCGGUGCUCUUAAGGUGUCAAGUGCACGCGCGGGUGGCGGGAUCAUGGAGUCCAGGAACCAAUAGGUGUGUGAGCACGGGAGUUGCAGGGUUAAUGGGUAGCUGGAAGGCCUGUCACCUCAGGGGUAACAAAACACCACACGAAUAGCAUUUGGUUGGGUAGCAGAUGGGUUACAGGCUACUAUGGCAGCUGGCAGCGCUGUUGCGUUGUGCAGUUAUAAAGUUCUACUACAAUACGUAGGUAUUCAGGUUUACUGUUUGUUAUACAAAUACUAUUGUGAUCGUAUGCUAUGUUAAUAUGUUAUCAUUUAUAGUAGUGUGUUUUGUACUACAAUACUACUUGUUAUAAUAAAAUUGUUCUGCGGCCUUUUCAUCCAAAAAAUGAUUUGUUGUAUUUUAUUAAAGGGGGACUGGAGGAAGGGGGGUUGUUGGUUAGCUGGUAAGGGCUGAUACAGGUACCGACCUUGCCUCUGUCAAGUAACCCAAUGACACAGGGCACAGCCUAGGGAAGCAGGGGCAUGACAGAGCUAGAGGUGGAGAAGCCCCUCCUAGUUGUUUGUAGGGGAUUGGGUAGCUAAAGGAGCGGGCAAAAGUGACGUAGGGCAGGAUAAAAGGGGGGGGACUGAGGUUGCCGCCCCCCACUCCAUUUUGUAGCAGCAAAGGAAAACUCCCACCCACCCUCCCCUAUAGAUAUUUGAUUGGAUAAGGAUACGGCGGGAUCAUGGAGUCCAGGAACCAAUAGGUGUGUGAGCACGGGAGUUGCAGGGUUAAUGGGUAGCUGGAAGGCCUGUCACCUCAGGGGUAACAAAACACCACACGAAUAGCAUUUGGUUGGGUAGCAGAUGGGUUACAGGCUACUAUGGCAGCUGGCAGCGCUGUUGCGUUGUGCAGUUAUAAAGUUCUACUACAAUACGUAGGUAUUCAGGUUUACUGUUUGUUAUACAAAUACUAUUGUGAUCGUAUGCUAUGUUAAUAUGUUAUCAUUUAUAGUAGUGUGUUUUGUACUACAAUACUACUUGUUAUAAUAAAAUUGUUCUGCGGCCUUUUCAUCCAAAAAA